AUGAUUAAUUUCGAUGGUAGUGCCAUCUAUGGUAAACAUAUUGAACUAACUAUUAUUUUUGAUGGUAAUGCCAUCUAUAGUAAACAUGUUGAACUAUUUAUUAAUUUCGACGAUGGUGCCAUCUAUGAUAUUCAAUUUUGGAUAAAUACUGGAAAAUCACCAGCGACAUCAAAUAUUAAUCAAACUAAUGAAAAAGCAAGUAAUAUAUCAUACGAAUCAUCAGUGAAUACCGCAGAAUAUAUUCGAAACAGUCGUAAAACAAUUCAACAUUCAAAGAAAAAUCAAAUUAAUACUCGAUUUUCUAUUCCGAAUCAAACUGGUUUUACAUCGAGAAAGUCUGUAAUAAAUACAAAACAUUCGGGUAUUUACACAUCGACACCAAUAAAGAAGAAUCAAGCAGAAUUACUUAAUUCCAAACUAAAUUCAUUGAGUAGUUUACAUUUUGGUGAAUCAUUAAGUCCAAUUGUUUCGGGGACACAUACAAUAAAUUCAAUGCAACACGGAAAACAAAAUAAUUUAAAUGCUGGGACAAAAAACAGCUUUAAACGAACUACUACAGAAGAAUCAAAAUCAUGUAAGUCAGAAAAAUAUGAUUAUAACGCUAAUAUUUCACCAAAAAAAUUAAGAAAUAAUCCAGAAAUUUCGUUGAAUGAUAAUGAUUUGAAUAUAAUAUCGAAAAAAAUAAGGAACUUUAAUGAAAAUUCGAAUGAAUCAUUUAUUCCUAAAGAAACUAAUUCAAAAAGUAAUCCUAAAAAUUGCACUAGAUCAUUCAUAAAUUCAUCCAAAUUGCACAGAAAAGAACAAAAUUCAACUUUGGGAGCAAAUAACAGUUUUAAACGAUCUACUAUAAAUGAAACAGAAUCAAAUUCGUGGAAAUCAUUUAAAUUAAAAUUAAGUUCAGUAACUUCUUCAGAAAAAAAAGAUUAUAACGACUAUAUUCCUAAAAAUAAUCCGAAAAAUUCGAUGAAAAAUAAUGAUUUGAAUGCAAUAUCGAAAAAAACAAGGAACUUCGAUGAACACUCUAAUGAAUCUCUUAUUGCUGGAGACGACAAACAUAAUUCAGAUAUAUACGACGAAGAAACGAUUCUUAAGCAACCUAGGAGAAAAUCUAAAGAAAUUAAUUCAAACAGUUUUGAUAAAAAUAAAAAUCAAACUUGUAUUUCAAAAUGUUGUCUUUUCGAUGAUUCUAAACGUCCAUCGCAAAUAUCAUGUGAAAACAUUGAAAGAGUAGACAUUUCCAAGGAAAAUUCGAAUAUCUACAUGGAGAAAACCAUUAGUCAAUCAACAAGUUUAGAAAACAUCGAAACAAAUUCUACUAAAUUAAACAGUCUUCCAGUUCUUAGAAAAUCGAAACGACGUUUGAGACAAACAUAUCUAUUUGAAUCUACAAGUAUAUCUGAUGAUUUAGAAAAUGAUUAUAAGAAUCAAUCAAAGUCAUCAAGCUUAAAAAAUAAAUCACCUAAAAAUAAUGCAAAUAAUACUGUGAUAUCAAAAUUAGACAAUUCUUACCGAACUCGAAAUACUGAUAAUACUAAAAAUGAAAGUAAUUUGAAGAUUUCGAAUAAUUCCGAUAAAAAUUCUACUGAAUCAUCCAGUUCUCUUCUUUUCGAUGAUUCUAAACGUCCAUCAACAUCUCGAAUAAUAAUCUAUCCUACAAAAGAUGGUUCAGAAACAGAUGAAAACUUUGAAAUAGUUCAAUCGAAACCGACAAGUCUCAAAAAUAAAGUAGUGCAAUGUAAUAAAAAUCAAAGCUCAAAAUCUAGAAUAGAUAUUUCCAAAGGAAAUCCGAAAAACAAUAAUAAAUUAACAAGUUCAGAAAACAUCAAAAGAAAUUCCACUAAAUCAAACAGUCCUCCAGUUCUUACAAAAUCAAAAAGACGUUCGAGGCAAACAUUACAAUUAGAAUCUACAAACAAUUCUUAUCGAAAUCCAAAUACUGAUAAAACUAAAAAUGAUAGUAAAUUAAUGAAUUCAGACAACUCCGAUAAAGAUUCUAGUGGAUCAUCCAGUUCUCUUCUUUUCGAUAAUUGUAAACGUCCAUCACCAUCGCGAAUAAUAAUCUAUCCUACAAAACAUGAUUCAGAAACAGAUGAAAACCUUGAAAUAAUUCAAUCAAAACCGCCACAUUCGAAAAAUAACACACGGCAAUAUAAUAAAAAACAAAGCUCAAACUUAAAAAAUAAAUCGUAUAAAACGAAUACAAAUCAAGCAUCUAUUUCAAAAGCAGACUGUUCUUAUCGAAGUUCAAAGGCAGAUAAAACAAAAAAUGAAAAUAAUUUAAAGAAUUCAGACAACUCCGAUAAAUAUUCUUCUGGAUCAUCCGAUUCUCUUCUUUUCGAUAGUUCUAAACGUCCAUCACCAUCGAGAAUAAUAAUCUAUCCUACAAAACAUGGUUCAGAAACGGAUGAAAAUCUUGAAAUAAAUCAAUCAAAAUCACCUAAUUCAAAAAAUAACACACGGCAACAUAAUAAAAAACAAAGCUCGAAAUCUAAGUUAGAUAUUUCCAAGGGAAAUCCGAACACCAGAAUGAAGAAAAACAAUUCUCAAUUAACAAGUUCAGAAAACAUCAAAAGAAAAUCCAUUAAAUCAAACAGUCCUUCAGUUCUUACAAAAUCAAAAAGACGUUCAAAGCAAACAUUACAGGUAGAAUCUACAAGUAAAUCUGAUGAUUUAGAUGAUAAGAAUCAAUCAAAGUCAUCAACCUUAAAAAUUAAACCGCCUAAAAAUAAUGCGAAUAAUACUGUGAUAUCAAAAUUAGACAAAUCUUAUCGAAAUCCAAAUACUGAUAAAACUAAAAAUGAAAGUAAUUUAAAGAUUUUGGAUAAUUCCGACAAAAAUUCUACUGGAUCAUCUCAUUCUGCACUUUUCGAUGAUUCUAAACAUUCAUCGCGGAUAAUCAUCUAUCCUACAAAAAAUGAUUGUGAUACAGAUGAAAAUAUUGAAAUAAUUCAUUCAAAAUCGCCAAGCUUAAAAAAUAAAUCGUAUAAAACGAAUAAAAAACUAACAUCUAUUUCACAAGCAGACAAUUCUUAUCGAAGUUCAUAUGCAGAUAAAACAAAAAAUGAAAGUAGUUUAAAGAAUUCAGACAACUCCGAUAAAGAUUCUUCUGGAUCAUCCAAUUCUCUGCUUUUCGAGAAUUCUAAACGCCCAUCACCAUCUCGAAUAAUAAUCUAUCCUACAAAAAAUGGUUCAGAAACGGAUGAAAACCUUGAAAUAAUUCAUUCAAAACCACCAAGUUCAAAAAAUAACACACGGCAACAUAAUAAAAAUCAAAGCUCGAAAUCUAAAAUAAAUAUUUCCAAGGAAAAUUCGAAAAACAAUAAUAAAAUAACAAGUUCAGAAAAGAUCAAAAGAAAUUCCACUAAAUCAAACAGUCCUCCAGUUCUUACAAAAUCGUUAAGUCGUUCGAAGCAAACAUUACAAUUAGAAUCUACAAGUAAAUCUAAUGAUUUAGAAAAUGAUGAUAAAAAUCAAUCAAAAUCAUCAAGCUUAAAAAAUAAGUCGCCUAAAAAUAAUGCAAAUAAAACUGUGAUAUCAAAAUUAGAUAAUUUUUAUCGAAAUCCAAAUAUAGAUAAAACUAAAAAUGAAAAUAAUUUAAUGAAUCCAGAUAACUUCGAUAAAGAUUCUACUGGAUCAUCCGGUUCGCUUCUUUUCGAUAAUUCUAAACGUCCAUCACCAUCGCGAAUAAUAAUCUAUCCUACAAAACUUGGUUCAGAAACAGAUGAAAACCUUGAAAUAAUUCAUUCAAAAGUGCCAAGUUCAAAAAAUAAAACAGUGCUACAUAAUCAAUCAAAAUCGUCAAGCUUAAAAAAUAAGUCGUAUAAAACGAAUACAAAUCAAGCAGACAGUUCUUAUCCAAGUCUGAAUACAUAUAAAAAUAAUUUAGAGCCUUCGGAAAACUUAGUUAAAAAUUCCACUGGAUCAUCUAAUCCUCUUAUUGUUAGAAGUUCUAAACGUCUACCGCGUCAAAUACUCACCACCGGCAAUGACAUAAAUACAGAUAAAAGCAAUCAGUCAAAAUCGCCAAAUUCACAGCAUAAUCUUGAUAUACAGGAAAUUUCUAACACCGAAGUAAAUAAUUCUACACCGGAGCGAUCUGUAUCAAAUGCACAAACCAAAACUAAUCAAGAUACUUCGACCCAUACUACUCGAAAUUCAAAACGUAAAUCACAAAAAAAUAAUUCAAAUCAGAACAUAAAUAAAAUAAAUAAAUCUUUAAACUCAUCAAGUGAUUCAUCAGAAAUUCUUUUCGAUGUUAAACGGAAGACACAAAAAGUUUUUCGUGAUACAAGUUUAGAAAACUUUGAAAGAAAUUCCACUAAAUCAAACAGUCCUCCAGUUCUUACAAAAUCGAAAAGACGUUCGAAGCAAACUUUACAGUUAAAAUCUGCAAGUAAAUCUAAUGAUUUAGAAAAUGAUGAUGAAAAUCAAUCAAAAUCAUCAAGCUUAAAAAAUAAAUCGCCUAAAAAUAAUGCAAAUAAUACUGUGUUAUCAAAAUUAGACAAUUCUUAUCGAAAUCCAAAUACAGAUAAAACUAAAAAUGAAAGUAAUUUAAAAAAUUUGGAUAAUUCCGAUAAAGAUUCUACUGGAUCAUCCAGUUCUCUUCUUUUCGAUAAUUCUAAACGUCCAUCACCAUCUCGAAUAAUAAUCUAUCCUACAAAACAUGGUUCAGAAACAGAUGAAAACCUUGAAAUAAUUCAAUCAAAACCGCCACAUUCGAAAAAUAACACACGGCAACAUAAUGAAAAACAAAGCUCGAAAUGUAAUUUAGAUAUUUCCAAGGGAAAUCCAAAAAACAAUAAUAAAUUAACUAGUUCAGAAUACAUCAAAAGAAAAUCCACUAAAUCAAACAGUCCUCCAAUUCUUAGAAAAUCAAAAAGACGUUCAAGGCAAACAUUACAGGUAGAAUCUUCAAGUAAAUCUGAUGAUUUAGAAAAUGAUUAUAAGAAUCAAUCAAAGUCAUCAAGCUUAAAAAAUAAAUCACCUAAAAAUAAUACAAAUAAAACUGUGAUAUCAAAAUUAGACAAUUCUUAUCGAAAUCCAAAUACUGAUAAUACUAAAAAUGAAAGUAAUUUAAAGAACUUGGAUAAUUCCGAUAAAAAUUCUACUGGAUCUUCUAAUCCUCUUAUCAAAAUCAUCACCUCCGACAAUGACGUAAAUACAGAUAAAAUCAAUCAGUUAAAAUCGUCAAAUUCACAGCAUAAUCUUGAUAUACAGGAGAUUUCUAACACCGAAAUAAAUAAUUCUACAUCGGAGCGAUCUGUAUCAAAUGUACAAACCAAAACUAAUCAAGAUACUUCGAAUUUAACCCCGAAAUCAACGCAAAGUAUAAAUUCAACCCAUGCUAGUCGAAACACAAAACGUAAAUUACAACAAAAUAAUUCAAAUCAAAACAUAAAUAAAUCUUUAAACUCAUCAAGUGGCUCAUCAGGAAUUCUUUUCGACGUUAAACGAAAGAAACGAAAACUUUUUCAUGAAAGUCAAUUACCACCACUUGAUAGUUCAGCAAUAUUAACAGAUACUAAGUAUUCAAAUGUAAGUUGUUCAUCAGGAUGUUCAGAUCAACUUAAACAUGAUUAUACUAAACUCCAGAAAACUUUUAGUCGACGAACGACAAUCUUAUAUUAAGAUCCAAAUGUAGCCAAAUCCUGAAGGACAUACUCGUUUUUAUUGAUACACAAUUGCAAUUAAUGGGCUGUCGAUAUAAAAGGCGCAAUGCCACUGAGGCAACACAGAAUGAUAUGUGACUUGAUACUUGUUUCAUAGUGUUGCCUAUUGUAGGCAUCCGAUUAUUGCGGUCCAAAAUUAAUGUCGCAUGCGGAAUUGUUGCUCCACAUCGCAUAUGCUUUGUAGCAUGCGUCUGUCUAAAGCGAUUCCAUUCAAACAACUAGAGUUUGGUACAGCAUCUCAUAAUAAAACGGUUUUGGUAUAAAAUUCGCUGCAGGUGCCUUAUUUGGUUAUCGUUUUGAAUAAUAAAACGAAAAGAA